AUGGGAGCAACAAACGAUCACCCAUCGCCAGCCGACUUCAGAAACCGAUUGAAGUGGUAUAUUCUUGGGAAGCAUUCCACACAUGCCAUUUCAGUGAGAUCAAAUACAGAAUGCGACAAUAAUCCACUCGACCCAACAUUGGAUGUACAAGACCAUUUCGUCACAUAUUACAAGCAUUAUAUUUUGGACGAUCUUGAAAACGAAGAUUCAGCUGUGGAAGCUGCAUUAUUCGCGGAAGAUGAUAAUAUAGAAAAAAAUGCGUAUAGUAUAGAUGAAGAGGACGAUGAGGAAUUUCAUAACGUUGUACAGAUAAAACAGUAUUCUCCAAAUAAUAUGGAAUGGAAAUUAUUGAGAGAUUUUGAAAUAAAUAUAGCUGGACAAGAUGUCGAAGAGCAAGCACUCAUUUAUAUAACCGGUUACGUAGCCCACCGUUUCCGACAUAAAUACCCGGACUUAGGCACUCCAACAAAGAUCCUUGCUCCUUGUGAUGAUUGGCUUUCCUGCAUAUCCCGAGGAAAUUGUCUAUAUCCUAGUGACGAGUUCAUGGAAGCGGCAAGAGUCAUGAAUGCUGAGUUCCUUUCCUUCCAUGGCACUUCCUUUUUUAAUAUGGAAAACAACAUUUUUGAUAAAGUUACGAAGAAACAUACAUAUCCAGCCAGCAACAAGGUGGCUAAACCACGCAUCGACAUAUUGGGCAAGCUUCGUACGCCAACUAUAUUCUACAAAGACGCAGCCAUUUUGGAUAAUCCGCAAUCAGACUGUCUCACGGAAGCGAGGACAAGUAGCAGCAACCAGGAAAUCAAACAGAGAGCAUCGACAAACCACUUUGAAUCCACAACGAGCAUCGAUCAUCCUAUCAACGUUCAACAAAAUUCAUCAUUUAUUAGAACAUUAAGUAAUACAUUUCAAACGGAAACCGAAGUGAAAACGAGGCGAAGAUCUAUAAAGGCUUCUGCCACAAGAUUGCGUACUUACAUAGACUCCCCGCAAUCCGAGCACGCUACGAAAUUUGAAUUAGUAGAACGUAAGAAAAAACUGUCAAACUUAUUCCAGCAGUAUGACGAAGUGCAAUCGUACAUCGAAUGCUUAGAUUCGGAAUCAGACGACAUGAAUCGGAUUAGUCGAUUCGAGCCGCCGCAAGUCACUCCUCAAUCGGUUAGUAGUGGUAAUCAAGUUACACACCAAAAUAACACAGAGUCACAAAUAAAGUUGCCGAGAAUUCAAUUGCCUGUAUUUUCGGGUGCUUAUGAAGAUUGGUGUACAUUUCAUGAUUUGUUCGAUAAACUGAUUCAUGCUAACGCGAAUUUAUCAGCAACUCAAAAAUUUCAUUACUUGCGAUCUUCAUUAAAAGACAAGGCGGCCGAAAUUAUUAAAUCUUUUGAUAUCACAACUGAUAACUAUUCGGAAGCAUGGAAAUUACUCAAUGAGCGUUUUGACAAUAAGAAACGCAUAAUACAAACCCAUGUUAAGGCCAUGUUUGAGAUUCCUUCAAUUCACAAGGAAAAUUAUACUGCUUUACGAAAUUUGCUUGACAACUUGCUCAAACAUUUCAGAGCGCUUAGGGCCCUUCAAAGGCCAAUAGAUUCUUGGGACGACAUGAUGAUCCACUUGGUAUUAGCUAAGCUUGACUCUUCCACAAUCAAAGAAUGGCAGACCAGCCGUACCGACAAUCAGAUACCCACGUUCAAGGAGCUUACCGACUUCUUAGCACAACGAUGUGAAGCUCUAGAAGCAACUUUUGGAAAAUUAUCAAUUCGAUCAAGCUCAGAAGUGACGAACAGUUCUCAGAAGGCCAAAAAUCCGAGUUCACAUGCAAGCACUUCGAGUCAGGUUUGGCUAAAGGGCAUCAGGCAAAAGACUGCAUGGCUGGUUCUUGUAGAAAGUGUGGGAAAGCACACAAUACGUUAUUGCAUUUUGAUUCAAACAAGACUAGCGCUUCGAGUACAAAGAAUCAAUCUUCAUGCCCUCCUGAAUCAACUAACGCAUCCGUACCAGAGUCUCCAUCUCCGGUAUAUUACUCAAUGCACUCAAAUUAAUAGUGCAUCCAAGAUCUUUCUCUCAACCGCUAUAGUUAACGUAUACGACUGUCAUGGGCAUCCUCAUGGCUGCAGAGUGUUAUUAGAUAGUGGUUCGCAAUUGAAUUUUAUUACACAAAAGUUAGCAAAUAAAUUACGGCUUAACCAUCGUGCAUUAAACAUGUCGAUAUGUGGAGUAGCGGAAGGAACAUUCGAGUCUAAGGAAGUAGUUAACAUCAGUUUUCGGUCUCGAACAAAUAAGUAUACUAAUCAGCUUGAUUGUAUAAUACUUCCUAAAAUUACGCAGGACUUGCCGCAAGAAUUUUGUCCGAUGUCGGAAUUCAGAAUCCCAUCAAAUAUUAUCCUUGCUGACCCUAGUUUCAACAUUCCCAACGAAAUUGAUUUGCUUAUAGGGGCUCAGAUGUUUUGGCAGCUCGUUUGUGUCGGCCAAAUUAAAUCGUGCAAAGCGCAUCCCACCUUACAAAAAACUAAGUUGGGAUGGGUGAUUUCUGGUACAAUACAAGGGCAUUUGAGCAACACCGCGAUUCCAUCGUGUCAUAUUACCUCAGUUAACGAAUUAGAUAGAUCUCUUUCCAGAUUUUGGGAAAUCGAACACAAUGUUCCUUGCAAUGAGGUCCAGUGCACUCCUGAUGAGCAAAAGUGCGAAAUGCAUUUUCAGGCAAAUGUGACUCGCAACACAGAAGGUCGUUUCGUGGUUAAGCUACCUACGAACGAUGACAAAAUACAACAAUUGGGCGAGACACACGAAAUCGCGAAACGUCGUUUUCUCAGUUUAGAAAAACGUUUGUUAUUGCAACCUGAUGUAUAUGCACAAUACAGAAAGUUCAUGCAAGAGUAUAUCGACUUAAAUCACAUGCGUCGAAUAAAACCUUCGGUAAAUCACGAUAAAGCCUAUUACAUGCCUCACCACCCGGUUUUUAAAGAAACUAGCACUACAACGAAGCUAAGAGUAGUCUUUGACGCAUCAUGCAAAAGCACAUCAGGACUGUCAUUGAACGAUUCAUUGUUAGUUGGGCCAACCAUUCAAGAGGACUUAUUUUCGAUCUUACUUCGCUUUCGCACAUUUUCAUAUGCAAUGACCGCCGAUAUAACUAAGAUGUAUCGGCAGAUACUUUUUCAUGAUUCUAAAAGAUCUUUACAGCGUAUUUUUUGGCGUCACUCUCCGCAAAAUGAGUUAGGGAUUUACGAGCUGCUUUCUCUUACAUAUGGCACAGCUCCAGUCUCAUUUCUUGCCAUCAGGACCAUACGAAGGCUCGCUGAGGAUGAAAUGAAUUCUUAUCCCAUCGGUUCAAAAAUAAUAUUGCGCGAUUUCUAUGUAGACGAUCUACUUACAGGUGCAUCCACAUUUUCGGAGGCAUUGGAAAUAAAAAAGCAAACGGUCGAAUUACUUGCAAAGGGAGGUUUCGAUUUAGUCAAGUGGUCGUCUAAUCAUGCCGCUCUUCAAGAUUCACAAGGGCCUCACAAGAAAAAAUUCGAUUUGGUAGGGGAUCGUAAUGUAGAGGCUAGGACUUUGGGUGUAAUUUGGAAUUGUCAAGCAGAUGUUUUCAAAUUUGAAGGUGUUGAACAACAUCCGCCAUUGGAAAGACCUACUAAGUGUAGCAUAUUAUCUCGAAUAGCUUUAAUCUUUGAUCCUUUAGGAUUGUUAGGACCAUCAGUGUUAAUUGCUAAGAUUAUAAUGCAAGAUUUAUGGCGUGCUAAGGUCGAUUGGGAUGAGUCUAUUUCGAACGAAUUGCAUACACUUUGGAGAGAAUAUGAACGUAAGUUACAAGUUCUUAGCAAUAUUGAGAUAACCCGUAAGGUAGUCACAUUUAAUGAGAUACAAUUCAGGGAAAUUCAUGGCUUUUCGGAUGCAAGCGAACAGGCUUAUGGCGCAUGUAUUUAUCUACGGUCCAUUUCUGAUGAUGGUCACGUUGAGGUUCAUUUAUUAUGCUCCAAAUCCAGAGUGGCGCCUCUCAAAGCGUUAUCUAUUCCUCGUCUCGAAUUGUGUGGUGCAUUGUUGUUAGCACAGUUAACGCAAAAGGUAUUAAAGUGCUUGCCGUUUGCGGUCGAUGGAAUCCAUCUAUGGACGGAUUCGACUAUUGUAACAUGCUGGAUACGAUCAUGCAGUCGUCAGUGGUCGCAAUUUGUUGCAAAUCGCGUUGCAGAAAUUCAGCGUCUUACAAAUAUUGAUAGUUGGAAACAUGUUCCCAGCAAAGAAAAUCCUGCUGAUUUACUUUCCAGAGAUAUAGAACUACCCGAGGGAAGAGCUACAGCUUUGGUAGCUGAAACAGAAGCUGAACAGCAAUCUGAUAUUUUUGAGCAAUUCUCGAAGUUGUCACGCAUUGUGCGCGUCAUUGCGUUUUGUCAGAGGUUUAUACGGAAUUCUAGAAUGCACAAGGUACAUGAGUCACAUUCAAAUAAUAAGAGUGUAUUAAUUCCGCCAUUAUCGAUUGAUGAAUUGGAGAAAUCGAGAUUAACGCUUGUGAAAAUGGUACAGCGUACUUCGUUCAGGAUGGAGUUGCAUUCUGUUAAACGCGUCAAUCACGUAAAUAAAAACAGUAGCGUUUUAAAAUUGAAUCCGUUUAUCGACGAACAGGGUAUUUUAAGAGUUGGUGGCCGAUUGCGUCACGCCGAUGUAUCGUAUGAGUAUAAGCACCCGAUUUUGUUGCCCGGUAAACAUCCUUUCACCAAAAUGAUUAUUCUUCAUGAACAUGUGCGUCACUUCCAUGCUGGAGCACAAGCUACAUUGUCAGCGAUUCGUCAAAGAUACUGGCCUACAUCUGCUCGAAGUGUUAUUCGUAGUAUAAUAAAUAAAUGCGUGAUAUGUUUUCGUAAUGCGCCUAAAUCAAGCACACCUGUAAUGGCCGACUUACCGGAGUCACGAGUAAAUACAGUUAAAUACGCGUUUGAAAAAUGCGGCGUAGAUUACGCGGGACCUUAUUGGUAUAGGGAAGCAAAGAAUCAAUAUAUGAUGGCAGUUGAAAGAAUAAAGUGGUACUUUAUUUCACCUAGAGCUCCGCAUAUGGGUGGUAUUUGGGAGGCGACUGUCAAAAGCGCUAAGUUCCACUUAAAACGCAUAGCUAGUGAAGCAGCAUUGAAAUAUGACGAGUUAUUUACUUUGAUGGUCCAG